AUGACAAGUUUAAGUGAACAGCGUGCAGCUGUGAAAUUUUGUUUUCUACUUGGCAAAAACGCCGCUGAAACAGUUGAAAUGUUGAAGACAGCCUACAAAGACGACGCUAUGGGGAAAACCCAAGUGUACGAGUGGUUUUCUCGGUAUAUAAAUGGUGACAUGUCAAUUCAGGACAAACCUCGUUCUGGACGACCAUCGACUUCACGAACAGACGAAAAUCUUGUGAAAGUGAAAGAAUUUGUGCUUGCAGACCGACGACAGACUAUCGAGCAAAUAUCAGAGGCUAGUGGGCUAUCAUGGAGCUCAAUUCAACGGAUUUUAACCGAAGAUUUGAACAUGAAAAGGGUUGCCGCCAAGUUUGUGCCUCGUGCUCUCACUGACUUUCAAAAGGAACGUCGAAUUGAAGCCUGCCGUGAUUUGAAACAGCAACUUGAAGCCAAUCCAGAUUUGUUGUCCAAAAUAAUUACAGGUGACAAAUCUUGGUGCUAUGGGUACGACCCAGUACCCAGUAGUAUUACUUUUCAAAAUUAG